AUGGUUCAUGAACUUUUCUUUGAAAUUGUUCGAGAAAAACAACACGUGUUCUGUGAUGCAAAGGAUUCCGCUCCUGUGCUUGAACUCAAAAGGAUUAUUGAGGGCGUUUUAAAGAUCCCAGUAACUGAUCAAGUCCUUGUUCGUUUAUUGGAUGACACUACGACCAAUUUUCAACCUCUUGAUGAUAAGAAAACAUUAGCGGAGAGUGGGUUUAACGUCAAUAAUGCAAAGGCUCAAACUCCAGCAAUGGUAGCAUUAAUGAUGAGAGGAGAGUCAACACCGAUCAUUAGUGAAUUAUCAACACCUCCACCUGUUCCCGACGCCAUGCGCAACGAACCUCAUUCUCAGGAUUCCUCAGCUGAUUUUCUGAAACUCCCAAAACGACAACGCAUUCAACGUCAGUAUGAUCUCGGUACUCUUGGUCCUGUGACUGAGUUUGUCGGUACAGCUGAAGAGGUUUGUCAGUGUCAUCUUUUCUUGGUGAGAGCUCGUCAUCUGCUGCAUGAUACUGGCUGGAGCGAAGGACUGCUUCAAAACAUGGAAGACGAGACAGAUGCCCGAGAAAGAGCGGACUUCCUUAGUGUGAUGUCACGGUAUAUAGAUCUGUAUGCGCAUCCAGCUCCGAAACAUUACGCUUAUAGAACAGUCUAUUUGGCACAUGCCGUCAAUCAUGUUAUACGAACCAGAAAUCUUGUCAUAUCAAAUAGUCGAAAGUUGUCUUCAACCGCUGCUAAGGGCGAAGCUACCGAGGAUCUAAUAGAAGCUUCACGAGAUCAGGGCUUUGUUAGGCCAACCGUGCUUAUCCUCUGUCCUUUCAAAAAGGAUGCGUACGAUAUCGUGGAGAGACUUGAGCGGUUGAUUUUUGGAAAAAACAAAGUCUCCACAUGGAGUAGAGAUCGGUUCCAUACUGAGUUCAAAAGUGAACCUGCUCCCACUUUCAAAACGAGGAUAUGUGAGGAAUAUAAAGAGCUGAUUACGGGUAACAACGACGACUGCUUUCGUGUUGGUAUAGCAAUUUCCAAAAAAGUUUUAAAACUAUUCGAGGCGUUCGAUAAGUCGGACAUCAUUCUUUGUUCGCUCUGGUUACGCAUGAUUCUAGACGGUGAUGCUGGAAGGGAAAGUCAUCUUAUUUCCAAUAUUCAAAUAGCUGUGGUUGAUAAGAUUGAAAUCCCCUUGUGCCAGGAGCUACGGCGUUUCAAAGUGACUGACCCAUCAGAGCAAGCCCUUUCAAGGUUCAAUUGCUUCAAGGAAUAUUGCGCUGCCAGCUUGUUACCCGGUACAUGUGUAGUAAUUCCGUCUUACUUUGACUUUGUUCGGGUGAGAAACCAUUUCAAGCGAUCCGAAGAAAGUUUUGUGGCAUGUCAUGAAUACGCACCGAAAACUAAGAUUCUUAGGGCGCGAGAUCUUUUCUAUCAUAAACACAAAAAGGUGCUUUUGGUCACUGAACGAUAUUAUUUCUUUAACAGGAAAGCUUUGAAG